AUGCUCUUCAUUCUCCUGGGCAUAAUUUUGUUCUCCCUUUGGAGAGUUGCAGAUGUUGCUGAGCCCGAACCUGUCCAAGAAGUCAGCUGCCAAAAGCCUUCGAAACUCCUUGCAGUGGACAAACUGCUCCAAGCUGUGCCCAUCUCUGCACCUUCCCUGCCUUUCAUAGGUGGCGGGCGAACCAAUUUGCCAGAGAUUUGUCCUCCUUACAUGAGAGCCUCCCAAGGAGCUGAGCUUUCAUUGACAGCCUCAACGGAGCUGUUGAGCCAACACGGGACCAAAGUCUUUGGCCUCGGCGCCUCAGUGAUGAGGGGUGCGCCAACAUCUCUCCUAACAGCACACGUGCUUGAAGGAGAGACACGAAAGUUGGAGCUGCGGGAGCAGGAGCCUGGAAAGGAGCCAGGUGCAGCUUCCAAGGUGUUGCUGUCCACCUCUGAAAUGGACAUCUGGAAAGGUGAGGUGAAGUCAGGAGAGCGUCUGGGCUCGAUGGAGUGCACCACUCUGGAAGGAGGCUCGUGCUUGCGGCGGCGAUUUGCCCUAAAGCGGGAUGGUGCUGAACAGGACCAUCACAGUUCCUUGGUUUGCAGAGAGUGCAUUGUGCCGUUUGGAAACUUCAAGAUGCAACAAUCAUUUGCAGAUGAUCGGGACGAGAUAGACGCUGCAGCUGCAGACGAGGAAGAUGAUUCUGCUGCUCGAGAACAAGCUGCAUCCAAGAUUCAAGCCAUUCAACGAGGAAGAGCUGUCAGGAAAAACAUGAACGCAAAGUCCUUUGGUGAUACAAAUGAUGACGCAUUGAACGAGGAUGGGGCAGAGCCAGCACUUGCAGAUGAUCGGGACGAGAUAGACGCUGCAGCUGCAGACGAGGAAGAUGAUUCUGCUGCUCGAGAACAAGCUGCAUCCAAGAUUCAAGCCAUUCAACGAGGAAGAGCUGUCAGGAAAAACAUGAACGCAAAGUCCUUUGGUGAUACAAAUGAUGACGCAUUGAACGAGGAUGGGGCAGAGCCAGCACUUGCAGAUGAUCGGGACGAGAUAGACGCUGCAGCUGCAGACGAGGAAGAUGAUUCUGUUGCUCGAGAACAAGCUGCAUCCAAGAUUCAAGCCAUUCAACGAGGAAGGGCUGUCAGGAAAAACAUUAACGCAAAGUCCUUUGGUGAUACAAAUGAUGACGCAUUGAACGAGGAUGGGGCAGAGCCAGCACUUGCAGAUGAUCGGGACGAGAUAGACGCUGCAGCUGCAGACGAGGAAGAUGAUUCUGCUGCUCGAGAACAAGCUGCAUCCAAGAUUCAAGCCAUUCAACGAGGAAGAGCUGUCAGGAAAAACAUGAACGCAAAGUCCUUUGGUGAUACAAAUGAUGACGCAUUGAACGAGGAUGGGGCAGAGCCAGCACUUGCAGAUGAUCGGGACGAGAUAGACGCUGCAGCUGCAGACGAGGAAGAUGAUUCUGUUGCUCGAGAACAAGCUGCAUCCAAGAUUCAAGCCAUUCAACGUGGAAGAGCUGUCAGGAAAAACAUGAAUACAACUUCCACCGAUGAUACACAGAAUAGCUCACUAAAGGAGUGUGGCGAAAUGGCUGGUGACAAAGAGGGAAAAUCCAGCAGCCGGGCUGCUCUGGCAUCGGCUGGCAAAAUUGCUAGCAAGGCCUCUCGACCCUGCGAGGAUCGGAAGACCGUGCUUGCUGGGGAGAACGAGCGCCUGAAGUGGGGGAAGACGUCCAGCCAGGAGGCUGUGGUGAGCAGCGCGCCACCCAGCAGGUUCAGGACCUUGCUCUGGCCUUUUGGUCGCGAACAGGAGCGCAGGGUGCUGGACGAUGCCUGGUCUCGGGGCGAUUGCCGCUGGAUGCCCGAUGAGAAAUGCACCAAGUGUUUCGCCUGCGGUGAGUCUUUCAACAGCUGGUACCGUCGGCGACAUCAUUGUCGUUUGUGCGGUCAAAUCUUUUGUAACAACUGCUGCAGCAAUUACGUGGAGGGCUUUGUGGUUGGGCGCUCGAAUGAGAAGAAGUCUCGCUUGUGCGAGGCGUGUACAGAAUUUGUAGAUGACAACUUGAUUGACCGUUCCAACAUGGGGAGAAACAUGCAAGAGACCCAAGAGACCAGAGAUGUAGAACAUGCUGGUGAAGACGUGCCGGAUGAUGGUGUGGAGAAUGACGAUGAUGGUCCCUCAGAUGAAGAGGACACCGAAAAUCGCGUGGAUUUCGGAUUGGAUAGAGACAAAGAAUAUUUGGAGCAUUUGUACCAACCUCGAGAUGCUUUGGAGGGCAAACAGGAGGAACAUGGGGCGCAUGCAGAUGAAUGGCGUGAGAUGGCAGACGCGGGAUUUCGUCGCUUCGUGGCCAGUGUUCGGGCUUAUUGCAUGGAAGUUGGUGGCUUGGAGGAACAGGACGUUUUCAUGAUUUGUAAGUUGGCUCAGCAGGUGGUGAAGCAAAUGGAGCGACCAACGCCAGAUGAUUCGAUGGAUAUCUUGAAGUAUGUGAAGGUGAAGAGGGUCCCAGGUGGUUACAUCUCAGAAUCCAAGUGCUAUGAUGGGGUGGUCUUUUCAAGCGAUGUGGUGAACCGGAAGAUGGAGACGGACAUUGACAACUGUCCACUGAUAGUGAUUCAAAUGCCCCUGACCUUUGACAAGUACAAUGUGCGGACCGAUUUGGACAACUUGCGAGAUCAAGAACAGAUCUAUUUGGAUCUGAAGGUGGAGAAGAUCUCGAAAGAUGUAAUGCCAGAAAGCCCCAAACUCUUCAUCUGCCAGGGAGUUGUGUCUCAGCUGGCCCUAGAGCGAAUAUUAAAAAAAGGUGGACUCUCGGUGAUCAUUGGUGUCCCCGAACACAUCUUGAGAGCAAUUUCGCGGUGUACUGGAAGCCGGGUCACGCCGGCCGUGGAUUCGAUCGUCCGGAAGACCCUUACCCCGAGCAAGGACAAUCACGUUGGAGGAAAGGCCCAACGCUUCUAUGUGAGUCGGGUGGGCUAUGUGGGUGAAGAAGGCUACAAAGCACUGACAGUCAUUGAAGCUGCAGCUGGUCACAAGGGAAAAUUCAGUACUGUAUGCCUCAGAGGCCCCACGGCCAAGUUGGCCAAGCCCGUGCUACGUUGGGCCAUCCGUUUGGCACGACAUCUUCAGUUGGAAAGCGAGCUGCUCUUUGAGCUCUGGUGUCAGCCAUGGCAGCGCGAGUUAGAGAAACAUGGCGAAGAGGGAGAUGAUCUUGAAAGCUUGGAAAUCACCACUUACAGGAUCACCAAGAAAGAUCUCAAUUGCAAUCCGCCAGAAGAUUACCGCUUCCGUGCUUACACCGUUCCAGCGGCAGAAUCGCCCGAAGCGUAUCGCUCCAUCAUGGGACUGAGAGAUUGCACAGUGCGGCAGUGGCUGGAGAGUUCCCUGCAGCAGCCCUCCACAGCGCCCAGCUCUCCACAGGUCAGCGCCACAGCGGCGCUGUCCACGGAGGAUGCGGUGCUCACGGCGGCCACAGCCAUGGAUACAGUUGGUGUGGAGCCUGGUGCAAUGCCUCCACUACCAGAGUGCGGCAAGUCGCUGUGCUUCCAGCGCAAGGGAAGUCGUUUGGUGGUGGAACUCAUGGACCUCCGUGACGAGCAGAGCGAACGCGGCCGCGCGCGGUCGCUGGAGCCAGAACUGCGAAGCUCCGAAGGCGGUGCCAUCACACGCUGGUCCUUGCUGUCCAAAGAUAAGCCAGCAGAUGGUCGGGAUGCGGAGCACUCUGAAAAGGAGUCACGUCAAAGUGGUUUGACCUUGGAGAUGUGGCGUUUCUGCCGCAACUGCGGGCAGAGGGGGCGGCAGGUGACACCCCGCAGCGCUUUGAGUGAGUCUGCCGGAUGGCAUUCCAUGGCCAAAUUUCUGGAGAUUUUGUUGCACAACACGAAUCUGGAAUAUUCUCCCCUGGCUGCUGGAGACGACUUUCCACCAUGCCCCCACUCCUUCCGCGAACACGUUCUGUGCUGCGGCUCACCCGAACGGCCUGGCUUUGUGAUUUCCUUCAAAUGGGAACAGGUGUCAGUCUGGCGGCUUCGACCACCUCACUUGCCCUUCUGGGAGGCUGAAUCUGGCCUGCUGCUGGAGCAAGAUGCCAAAGAGAGUACUGAGAGUAUGAUUUCGCUGUUCGAGAAUAUGGAAAAACUCAUUGCGUACAUCAGAUAUUUCAUGCGAAGCGUGCUGAUUUGCUUGUCGACCAUCGAGUCGGAGGACCAGGCGGAAUCGCCCGCCAAGCUCCCAGCCCCACGCAGUGAGAGCUCCUUGCGGGUGCUGCGGAAAGAGGGCUACCAGGAGGAGGAAGAAACCAAAGUCAAAGACGCCAACGUCCUGAACUGCACGAUGGAUUUGUUGAGCAUCAGGCAGUGGUUGUUCCAGAACAAGGCCACCUGGCACCGUGUGAUUAAGCACCUGGAGGAGUUUUUGGAGAACAUCUCCCAGCGGUUGAAGACGGCAAACGAAUGCCUGGGGCAGGAUGGGCAGGUUGGGCAGGUUGGGCAGGUGAGCCGGCCACGGAUGAGUCUCCACGCCAUGAAGGAGUCUCUGAAGGACGCUGAGUUGGCGGAUCCCGUGUUGGUGAAUACCCUGCGCUGUGAUGUCUUGGACGCGUUUCGGGAGACCUUCAAUGACAAGACAACUCCAAGGGACAGCCAUCAGGAUCUGCUCAACCUGCAGAAACUUCGCAUGGAGGAGGACAAGAACAAACGUGGAACUCAGGCUUCCAGUUUUCAGAUAGCAUCCCUCUCGGGUUUGUUGGCCAGCGCCAAGGACACCUUAGGCCGCAUUUGGCUCCCCGACGAGCUGCCGGAGAAGAGUGCGGAUGAUCGUUCAGCCGCAGCGGUGGCGGAGUCUCAGCGCUUACCGAGAACCUCCUGGACGUUGGAUUUGGAUCUCACCUUGGAAUCUGCCAAACGAGAGAGUGGACGCCUGGAGCGUGAACCGCUGCCGGUGCACUUGGACAAAGUGCUGAAGGCCUUUGGCGAAGGCCUCGAAGAAUCGGAGAAGCUGCAGAAUGCUGGGGAGAGGUGCAUCUAUGGCAUCUGCAUCCCUGUUAACUUCGAUGAUCCUGGAUCUCUGAUUGCCCAUGCGCUGCUGAGCGACAGAGCCCAGGAGCAAAUGGCAGCACAAUGGCGCCUGUUGCCCGGGGGUAAGCCCUGCUGUCCAUUGGGAACAAGUUGCCUUCGAUCGUUACCCAAGGUGCUGUCCCAAAGAACUUCCAAGCUGGGAGACCGCUCUGUCUCUGAGAGAGCGAACCAAUUGGUACCAAAUGCACCAAAUCUAAGCAGGAAGGAGCUCCAUGCCAAAACCUCCAAGUUGCUGAAACCCUUGUCAUCGCUGCCUGUCCCUGGAGAACUGCCGGGCCAUGCGCAAGCGGCCGCGGAUUGGGAAGGUCAAGGUCUACGGGAGGUACUCACAGGUGCGACCUUCAAGGAAGUCAAGGUGGACCUCGAAGACCGGCAAGGGAAGUACUCCGUGUGUCUCCACUUCGCGCCGCAGUUUCACGUCCUUCGCCACUGGAUGUGCGGGGACGAUCUGAACUUUGUUCGGUCCCUGCAGCGGUGCAUUGUAGCCAAACAGACUGGUGGCAAGUCCAAAGCCACUUUUUAUGAAACCCACGACAAACGUUUCCUGCUGAAGGCUGGCAAUUGA